AUGUUUGGAGAUAAUUUUGCAAACCAAUUGCAGUCCAUACCUCUUUCAAAUGAUACUGUUGGCCGUCGAAUUACUGAUAUAGCCGAAGAUGUACAGUGUCAGCUUUUCUCGAAGUUGCGUGACAAAUUAUUUUCAAUACAUUUUGAUGAGGCAACAGAUAGUAAUAAAGACGCUCAUUUCAUUGCCUAUGUUCGAUUUUGUGAUGAUAUGCCAAUAGUAGAAGAACUGCUUUUCUGCAAACCAAUAGAACUCAAAGCAACAGUACACGCAUUAUUUGCUACCUUAAAUAAUUUUAUGAACGAAGCAAAUAUAGAAUGGAAAAAUAGCGUCGGAAUAUGCACGGAUGGUGCUCGUUCAAUGUCAGGAAGAUUCCAAAGUAUACAAGCAUUUGUAAAGCAAAAAUCGCCAGAGCAACUGGACACAUUGCAUGAUCCACAGGGAAGCUCUAGCUUCCAAAAAAAUGAGUCCUGGUCUGAAUAUUAUGUUAACUACCGUUGUAACCGUAAUAAAUUAUAUAAAAAAUGA